AUUACAGAACAUUACCUGUGAAUAAAUGGGAUGAGAACCAUGUCCAGUGUUGGCUAGAAUCUACUGGAAUCAAGAAAGAGUAUGUAGAAAAACUACAUGUGGAAGAAGUGACAGGUCUGGCGCUAAUGGAACUGGAUGAAUCUUUCCUCAAAGGAGGCCAAAUCCACAUCUUAAUCCGCAAGAGAAAUGAACUUCGGCAGCUACAGGAAAACGCACAGAAAGACAAGCAUUCCAGCAGCAAAACAUCUGGCAGAACUGAUGUGCAAACAGAUCCAGUAAGACCCAGAAAUGCCCCUGAUCAAAAAAUUUCAAGUGCAGACAGCAAUGGUCCAGUAGAUAAAACCAGCAGAGACAACACAGCUUCUACUUCUGACAAGAGGCAAAGGAAACGUAACAACUCCCAACUCAAGAGCACUGAUGAAGCUUUAGAGCUCAGCAACUGUCGACCAUUUAGAAGUCAGAAUACUGAUUUCAAAUACGUGAAAGACAGAGUUCUCGCUCCAGAAUCAGGAGUCAGUGAUUUAAUCACUCCUUGCCAUGAAUACAAAUCUUCUGCCAUUGCUGCAGAACUGAACAAAAAUCAAUUGCAAUCAAAAUUUGCUUGCGAAGUCAUACGAUUUGCUUCAGCCUGCAUGAACAUUCGAACAAAUGGCACCAUACACUUUGGUAUCAUGGACAGCGUUGAGGACAGGGCUUGGAAACACGGACAGAUCAUUGGCAUAAAAGUCAAAGAGUGAGAACACUAUGUUGAUGCGUUAGCCUAUAUAGAAAAAUGUUUUCGUGAAGAUGUACAAGAAAUUGCAAGGAAAUGCAUUCACCCCCCUGUUUUUGUUGAAGUGAUUUCGAAAGACUCUCAGAAACAAAGAUUUGUGGUGGAGGUUGACAUUGAACCAACAUCCAGUUUAGUAAAGAACAGAUUUUUUGAUGUGUAUUUGCCAAAAUACAAUGAAAGCAGCCAGAAGGUGACCCUGACAAAAGAUCGAACUCUCUAUCAGAGACUAGGGGCAAAGUCUGAACCCGUGAAGCACGACGAUCUACCUACUUUUAUUCAGGGCUUACAAAACAGAGACACCCAGAGAGAAAAAGCAGAGCUCUCCAGCACAGACGUACAUACAGAUACAUCUCAAAAUUUAGGAAGAAAGUUGGCAAUUCUACUAAAUGAUGGCAAAAGCUAUAUGGAUGAUUCCCUACGGUACAUCCUUGUCACAAACAGAUGUGAAAAGGAAAAUCUCAACUAUAUCAACUUUUUAAUGUACUUGAACAUUUUCUGCGUCUUUGAUGAAGAUUCUAACGUGUCAGGGCUGUACAGCAAGUACAAAGAACACCAUGCUACAAGGUCUUAUUUCUUACAGGACUUUUCCAAUGAAAGUAAGACUGGCAACCCUGCCUCUCAGAAACAUUUGUGCCUGUUUGACCAGACCAGCUGGAUAUUCUGCAAUGGGCGCAGUGACUUCCUCGGGGAUGAAAAACCUUGUGAUGAAAAUACAUGGAUAAGAACGAAAAAAAAAUACCUUAAGAAAGCAAUUACUCGUAUCUGUGAUGAAAUCCUGCCGAAGCGGUCCUUCAUCGUGCUCUUCCUGUUGCUCUCACCAGUGCAGAAACCACUCGUGGACACUUUUCAGGAAUUCUAUACAGAGAUGAACGGCACGGAGUACAUUGUUUGCAUUGCAGAGUCCAGAGAAAACUAUGGGAAGUGGGCUAAUCUAGCUCAGGCAUCCUGCAGCAUCGAGACACUAGAACAAUGCAGUGUUGUGGGGAUGAAACUAAGUCACGUAGAUGCCACCAUUCAGAAGAUGCUGCCUUCUACAGCACAACCCAGACACCUGCCAGUUUCCACUAGAGGGCUGUGUACACUUCCCUCGCUGGAAGAAGAGAUGUUUUGCCUAGAAAUCCUCUGUGUUGACCAAUGCGAUGAUAUCAAAGUAGAUCUUUUGACUGAGAAACAAAUACAAGAAAUAGAACAAAAUUUUUACCAAGGGAGAAAAAUAAUCUGGGAAAACUUCUGGCUUGCUGAUAAAAGACGUUGUGGGGAAAUCAUUGAACGUGAAGCAUGUAAGGAUGCCAGAAAACUCCUAGAUGACAUUUUACGAGGAAGUGGACUCAACUGUUCUGUGGCUAAACUAAAGAUAUUUCACCAUCCUGGAAGUGGUGGAAGCACAACAGCAAGGCAAGUUCUGUGGAAAAGAAGAAAGGACCUAAGAUGUGCCAUUAUCAAAGCCUCAUAUUCACCUGCAACUGUUUGUGAGCAUGCACUUGCAUUCAGAGAUUAUGAAGAAAAAGAAAUCAGUCACUGUCUCCCUGUGCUCCUCCUGAUCGAAGAUUAUGAUGAAGAUUAUUUAGAAGAACGGAGGAAUGAGUUAAUGGAUGCUGUAGCAACUAAGAAAAUUAACUCCCCCAGACCUUACUUCAUCCUCAUGUGCUGUAGACAUCAUGACCCUGAAAGGCUUUGCAAGGCCUCUCCACUGGACACAGCUGCUGUCACUCACAAUCUGACGGACUCACAGAAAAGUCUGUUCAGAACUAAACUUGAAAAACUAAAGCAGAAAGAUGUCAAGCCAGAAUUCAUACUUACUUUUGUCCUGAUGUGCAAGGAGUUCAAUGAAACAUAUGUGAGAGACUUUGUGGGGCACAUAAUGCAAGACAUCGACCGUUCUUCUCGUGAUACAUGUUUGAUGCGUUAUGUGGAUUUGCUUAAUUUUUAUGUACCCAAU